CCUAUAAAGGAAAAACUUAGACAGUUUAGUGAUCAACUAACUAAUUGGUUUUCAGAAACAAACAUGAUGGGUUUCUCUAUCCUGUUAGGAUUUUGACCAUUAUACGGAAAACAAAUAUGAAAUCUUGAAUCUUACACAGGGAUCGGUUGACAUAUUCUAGAUCAGACUAAGAUCGAGGAAAUAGUUUUGCAAUUAUAUAUAUAUAUCUCAGAAAAUCUUUCAAUAUUGAAACCAUAUAAUUCGAACAACAGAUCUAUAUCCAAUUAAUUGAUCAUGAGUUAUUACAAUCAACCUCCUCCAGUUGGUGUCCCUCCCCCUCAAGGAUAUCCACCAAAGGAUGCAUAUGGGUAUCCUCCUCAGGGAUACCCACAAGGUUAUCCUCCACAACCACAAGGUUAUCCUCCACAAGGCUACCCUCCUCCGCCGUAUGGGGCCCCUCAGUACGCCGCUCCGCCCCCACAAAAGAACUCAUCUACCACCAGCGGCGUCAUGACUGGCUGUCUGGCUGCUGUGUGCUGUUGCUGCCUCUUAGAUGCGUGCUUUUGAUAACCUACGGAGUUGUGAAUCAAAAUGACAUGCACUACUAGUAAUGGUCCUCUGUGGAUCACAGGAUCUAGCCUUUUCCUUUUUGUGCCUUGUUCUUUAUAAACAUUUUAGACCUCCAUUUAAUUACUAUAAGAAUAUACAUGACUUUCAUGAGCCUUAAAAAUUCAAUGUAUUCAAGUGUGUCUAUUCACCAAAUUGUAGGUUUUCAAUUAUUUUAAGA